AUGAGGUUUUUUGUUCAUUCAUCCCACUUCAGUCUUCUUUCCCAAUUCUUUUAUUUCUUUGCUGUUAUAGACAUUUGGGUAGGGCAAGAAGAGCACGAGACUUUCACGGGGCAAGAAGAGCACGAGGCUUUCACGGGGCAAGAAGAGCACGAGGCUUUCACGGGGCAAGAAGAGCACGAGGCUUUCACGGGGCAAGAAGAGCACGAGGCUUUCACGGGGCAAGAAGAGCACGAGGCUUUCACGGGGCAAGAAGAGCACGAGACUUUCACGGGGCAAGAAGAGCACGAGGCUUUCACGGGGCAAGAAGAGCACAAGAGAGCACGAGGCUUUCACGAGGGGCAAGAAGAGCACGGGGCAAGAAGAGCGAGGCUUUCACGGGGCAAGAAGAGCACGAGGCUUUCACGGGGCAAGAAGAGCACGAGGCUUUCACGGGGCAAGAAGAGCACGAGACUUUCACGGGGCAAGAAGAAAAUGCACGAAGAAGCUAUGUUACAUUGA